AUGGAUUUAUUGACCUUGAUCGAGCAAUUCAUAUCCCAGUGGUGGACAAUCGCUGUUGCUACGCUCAUAAUAUUCUCUGUUUAUUCUUGGGGUAUUGCACCUUUUCGCGUUCUGAAAAACGCUUUCGACGACAAAGUUCCAGGACCCACAGCUCUUCCAUUCAUCGGUAACAUGCUCGAUGCAGUAAGACAUAAAGGUCAGAUGCAUCUGCAAAUAGACGAGUACUACAAAAGAUAUGGAGACGUGUUUGGCAUGUACUUGUUGGGCAGCUUACCUACUCUGGUGAUAUCUGAUUUAGACAUGGUCAAAGAAGUGUUUGUGAAGAAAUUUCAAGCUUUUCGAGAUCGGCCUGUAAGUUUUGCAAAUUGUGACGAACUUAAACUAUAACGGAGUAACUAAUCAUGUGUGUUAAUCAUAGGAUGUGUAUGUUGUAUACUAAAACCUUUGUUUUUGCAGCUUAUGGUGAAGUUUCCAGAACCCUAUGACAAAAUGCUAAGUCUUGCUGAAGGUGAAGACUGGAGGCGUAUCCGUAACACCCUGAGUCCCACCUUUAGUGCUCACAAAAUGAAACAGAUGGUUCCACUCAUGAACUCGGCUUGUGACACUUUGAUGAUAAAAAUGGAAGAAUUUUCGAGGACAGAAGAAAGCUUUGAUGUCAUGAAGUAACAUGAUUGUUGUUCCUUCAUAUUCCUCUUUAUUUUCAUUUUAUCAGUAAAGACACUUUCUAUCCUGUUUUGUUUUGAACUUUCUCAGGUACUUUCAAGGUCUUACUAUGGAUGUGAUUUUACAGUGUGCAUUUGGAAUGAAAGCAGAUGCACAAAACAACCCAGAUGACCCAGCCAUAACUGCUGCAAAAAGAUCAAUUAAUGGAACUGCUUUGCAAAGAGCCAUCCUUGCUGCUCUCUCGUUAAUUCCUUUUAGAGAUAAAAUAGCUAAAGUUUUCCCAAGCCUGCUAACUCGCGACAUGAAAGACUUGAUGGACAUUGCACGACAUAUUGUUUCCUUGAAGAAUCAAACAGAAAGUUCCACACCUAGGAAGGUAUUCAUAGCUCUUCAUCAGUAGGAAGUCUAAAAUGUAUGCAAUUCCACAAUAAUGUUGGUUACUUGGCUCCAUUAUAACAAUAUCCAAAUUAGUUUGUGUGAGGGGGGGGUCGGCAAAGAAGGUGCUUCAAUCAAUCAAUCAAUCAAUCAAUCAACUUUAUUUAAACACAGUAAAUGGCUCAGCAAGCUGGUUAUCAGACAUGCUGUGUAAUAAUACAAUUUAUAAAAAUUAAGACUAGUGAUUAACUAACAAUACAAUAUAACAGUAAGAAAUGAGCUUAUUUCAUUACUUCUGUUUGCGUUGCUAGUUUCCAUUGUUAAUUUAUCAUUUCAAGUGAACAAACCCUUAAACAUUAAAUACCAAACUUGGAGUGUGUCAUCAAUGAUGUACUCAUUUAUGGUAAUCCUAACAAUAAACUUCAAUAUGCAUCAUUAUCCUUGAGCACCAUGGUAAAAGGGUUGUAUAGAGUAUCACAUAUUCCAAGUAUUUUAAUUUGUUCUUUCUUUGUCGAAAAUGGGAGAAUUUAUUAGGCAAGGGCAGGAGUCCAUAACCCAAUGUGUGCAACUUCCAUGUACUAGUGUUGUGGCGUUUUCACUGACCAGUUUAUUUUUAGAACGAUUUUUGCACAAAGUUAGAAAUUAUAUCUUUAAGCCCCACAGUUAGCAAAAUCUACAGACCUGAAAGGUUUCAUUUAUUUUUUCUUUUUUAUAUCUAAAACUUCAAAUGAUAUUAAAGAUAGAUUGGCACUUUCAUUUUGACUAUUAUUGCUGUGAAAUCUAUCUAAGAAUAAACUGGGCUGUGAAAACAAUUAUGUGACAGGCCUAGUAUGGGAGUUGCUGUAUCCAGGUUAUUGGGUCCUGACGGGUGUUGCUUAUUUUUAUUGAUUUCAGACAUGAGGUGCACUGUUUUUGUAUAGAAAUGGUAUGUCUAAGUCUGUUAGAGUUUUGGAGCUGGAAUCAUCCCAUGAGUCAUGCAAAUCAUGCAUUUCAUUAUACCUUGAAAGUCCUGGAGUCGUGAGGCAAAGUAUCGGGAUUCCAUUUUAUUGUGAAUCAAAAAAAAAAUAUCAUGAAGUUGAAGACGAUUAAGGCGUAAAUAGUUGUUGCGUUUCUUGUUGUAGGACUUAUUGGAUGUCAUGUUACUGGCAGCACAGGACCCAACACUGCCGGACUCCAAAAAAAUGACUGUUGAUGAGGUUUUGGCACAGAGUGUGAUUUUUCUGAUUGCUGGCUAUGAAACAAGCAGUACUACACUGGGAUUUGUCUGUUAUAGCCUGGCCACCAAUGCUGACAUACAGGAAAAACUACAGAAGGAGAUUGACAGUGUUUGGGAUGAUGAAAGCAAGAUGCCUUCUUAUGAGACAGUAAAUGAACUACCAUAUUUGGACAUGGUUAUAUCUGAGACACUGAGGCUUUAUCCUGCUGGUAAGGGGGUUACCUAGUAUUUGUUUACUGUCAGGGGGGGCAUUUCAAUAUUUUGACAUAAGGAUGGUCAGACACCUAUUUCAAAAAGAUAACGGAGACUCUGCUGAUUAGCCUGGAGUUACAACCUUUCCUAAGUAAAAAUGUCAGCAGGGAAAAACUUUACCUUUUUUAAUUUGCAUACUUUCUCUUUUAUAUGCAAAUUUUUUACUAUUAUAAUGUUUUUUUUGUUUGUCUUUAAUUAGUUAUUUACUGAUGAUUUAAUUAUUAUAUCACAAUCUGAAAUAGGAUUACAGAACUGUCUCAACACAUUAUCCUCUUUUUGCAACUCUUAGAUAUUAGAUAUAAAUUCCAAAAAGACCAUAGUUAUGGUCUUUCAAAAACAAGCGAAGAAAAACUCCAAUCUAGAAUUCCAUAUAGGUAAAGAAACCAUUGAUAUUGUCCAUGAAUACACAUAUUUAGGAACCCGUAUCUCCUCAACCGGUAAUGUUAAUAUCUCACUCGAACACUUGAAAGAGAAGGCUCUGCAUGCUCUUUUUAGUUUAAGAAAACACACAAACUUUAGCAAAUUAAAACCUUCUCUUGCUUGCAAAAUAUUUGAAAUGAUGAUUUCCCCAAUAUUAAUUAUCACAUAAUAGCGAAAUUUGGGGUGUGUAUGUAAAACAUGAUUUUAAAGCUUGGGACAAUACCCCAACUGAAAAAACCCACUUGAAAUUUUGCAAGCGUUACCUAGAAAUAAGCAAUAAAGCUUCAAAUGUUGCAAGUAGAAGUGAAUUAGGAUGGUUGCCAUUAAUUAUUAAUAUUUAUAAAAACAUUCCUUUAUUACAUAUUGUAUCUUCUGCGUAAAAACGAGGAUACUAUUGUUAAACAAGCCUUUCGUACUUCGCUAGAACUUCACUGUAAUGGUAAAAAUAGCUUUUACCAUAAUCUUAUGAAAAUAUCUGAAUAUUAUGACCUCCCUGAUUUUGAUCCUAAUAAUUUAAGUGAAGCUAAGAUCAAACACUAUAUAGAUAUAAUAAAACAAAAAUAUAUUGCAUAUUGGCAACAUACAAUCCAUCAUUCUAAAAAACUACAAUUUUACAGCUUAUUUAAACAUGAUUAUAAAAUUUCAAGUUAUCUAGACUUAAUUAGAAAUUCUGUUAAUAGGAAAGAUUUAGUGAAAAUUCGUUUAAGUAACCACAAACUCAUGAUUGAAACUGGAAGAUAUAAUCAAACUUCCCGCAACGAUAGAUUCUGCCCUAUUUGUAACUCUGGUAUAAUUGAAGACGAAUUUCAUUUUCUCUGCCAUUGUCCAAAAUACUCAAUCCCAAGGGAGAAAUUCUACAAUCAAAUCCAACAAAAUUUUGUCGACUUUAAUCAGCUAUCUUACACAGAAUUAAUAAUUAAAUUGAUGAAUUCACAGAAUUUUUCCAUAAAUUCACAUUUGUUGAAAUUUGUCUCAUUAUGUAAUGAUUUAUGUAAUUUGUUAUGAAAUCAUGCUGAUGACACUUGGUUGACUAUAGUAAUCAUUGUAUUGCAUUAUCAUUGUUAUGAUUUGUGUGUUUGUUUGUUUUUUUUUAUGUUAAAGCUUUUGCAAUACUGUAACUACAUAAUCAUAGUCAUGCAAAUAAAGUUUAUGUUGUUGUUGUUGUUGUUGUUACUCUACCUUUAAAUUUCUGUUGUUGUUUAACGGUUUGUUACUUCUGAAGAUGUAUGUUGGCUGAAAUGUGUUUAUAUUUCCUUAUGUUUAUCACAGCAGUUUGCUUUUUGUUUCUUCUUAAGCUAAGAUGGCCAAAAACAAAAGUAUCUAUGUUCUUGAACUCAGUUCAGGUAAAACUUAACUUUCAAAAUUGAAGCCCGUCCUCUCAUUUUUUCUUUUCUUUAAAGCUCCAUUUAGCAUUCGUACUUGCAAGGAAGACUGCAUUCUGAAAAAUCUGAAAGUACCACUGGGUAUAUCUGUGACUGUCCCAAACUACAGUAUACACAGGGACCCCAAGCUCUGGCCUAACCCCAAAAGGUUCGACCCAGAAAGGUUUUCACCUGAAGCCAAACAGUCACGUGACCCAUACGCCUAUAUGCCAUUUGGCCAUGGCCCCCGCAACUGUAUUGGUAUGAGGUUUGCUCAGAUGGAGAUGAAAUUGAUGCUGGUUCGCAUCUUAAAGAAAUACAGCUUCCAUGUUUCCAAGGAUACCAAGAUCCCACCUGAAGUCACCCUGAGAAUUGCCUUAACUGCAAAGGAAAUCAAACUGCUGAUUAAAUUGCGUCAGUAA